AAAAAUAAAUUGGUUUAUUCAAGCACGUCAUAAAAGUAUUGGAUGUUGGAUACUAGAUGUGUUUAAACAAGUCUAUCUCUGUAAAACUUGAUUUUAGCGUUGGUUGAGUUUAACCUGGCGUUGUGCUUACCAGAUUACUGUUAUCAUGAAUAUAUUCCGGUUUCUUGGAGAUGCUUCACAUUUUGCAGCUAUUAUAAUUUUACUACUGAAGAUUUGGAAAACACGAUCUUGUGCAGGUCUGUCAGGACGUAGUCAAAUUGCAUUCGCUAUUGUAUUCACCACACGUUAUGUUGAUCUUCUGACAUCUUAUGUGUCUCUAUACAAUUCGCUCGCAAAGAUCAUCUUCAUAUUUUCAUCUUAUGCGACAUUGUAUUUAAUAUAUUUUAGAUUCAAGGCCACAUAUGAUGGAAAUCAUGACACGUUUCGUUUGGAGUUCCUUAUUGUUCCGUGCGCUCUAUUGGCAUUGAUUGUCAAUCAUCGUUUUCAAGUUAUCGAAUUGUUGUGGACCUUCUCCAUAUAUUUGGAAUCAGUUGCCAUCCUGCCGCAAUUGUUUCUUAUUAGCAAAACUGGAGAAGCAGAAACCAUCACUUCUCACUACUUAUUUUCGCUUGGUUCUUACCGUGGUCUGUACAUACUCAACUGGAUAUAUCGGUAUUAUGUCCAGAACUAUUAUGAUUUGAUAGCCAUCUCUGCGGGUGUUUUGCAAACUUUACUAUAUUGCGAUUUUUUCUACUUGUACAUAACUAGAGUUAUUAAGGGCAAAGCUUUUGCUCUUCCGGCGUAGUAACGUGACCUAAUAAAUAAGCCGUCCGGAUUCAUGAUAAUGCUAUAGUAUGAACUCCGAUUCCUUUUCGCUUAUUUCUACUGUCGGAUCUGGGAAGCUCCAAAGUACUGUUUAAUCGAAGACUCCAUUUGUGUUCACUGUAUCAGUGGUAAACAAAAUACAGCUGAUCGUUUUCUUAUGCGCUCUUGUUAUUCUAGCAUGUACUUCACAUCUGAAUAAUAUCAAAAACCUUCUUUUUAGCUCCCCUGUGAUUGAUUUUUAAUAAGCUUUUAUCACCGCUUCCAACUGGGCCUCAUCUUCAUUGUACGAAAUGUACUAUUAACUGAGUUCAUGCUACUGUUUUUUUUUACUUUCUGUUAUCCUAAAUUUUCAGUUAAGCAUUUGGUUGCCGUAGAAAAAUUUAUUACAAUAAAACUACACGAGUUGUGUUUUCGAAUGCUUUCA